AUGAGUUUGAAAGCUACAUUGUCGGAGCUGAAAGAGGCCUACAGGCCGAGACUCCCUGCGUCAGAUAGGAAGCGGCGAGUCCUCGCGGGUAUAGAGACUGCGUUACCCAAAGGUCAAACCACAAUUUCGGCUAUGUUCCGUGAGAAUGCGAAGAGUGAAUUUAGCACAAGGCAACGAAAGCGCACAGGAAGCAUUAAGACGUUCACCAAGAUGCCAAAAGAAUUAGCGAGAGAAGAUUCAAAGCAUGCAACCAGUAAACUCAGCCUAAGGACAGAAGCACAGCAUGAUAUGCUCGCAAAAUAUAGACCAAGUCUAAAACCCGAGCCGAAAACGACGGAGCAUCCAUGUCGCUCAAAUGAAAAGCAAUGUUGUACUAGUCAAAACGAGCAGGGGACAUAUAGUGAAGAAAUAUGGUGCGACCAGUUGGAUACAAAUAAAGAGUUUUUGGAGGCUGAGACGCGUACAACGAACCAGAUGUGCAAAACAGAACAGCCGCGGUCGUUAGCAAGCCUCUGUAGGAGAAGUAGUCUGCUUCAAGCUCAGACUGAACCUGAGCCCGGAACAACACUAAUUAACUAUGAGCAGCAAAUUACCCAGUACAAUGUAGAUACACACUCGCCCAACGCCGCGAUCCCGAGAAUUGGACAUGGAGUUGGACGCCUUCAGACCGAAUAG